AUGAGGAAAUGUGUAACAGAGAAUGCAGGGAUGCAACCCGAAACAAACAUCGACUUCUGCUGGAGAUCUUUAGCGCAAAUUGAUUUGGGCAAAGACACGUCGGUAAAUGAAUGUUGCCAGCUGGCACAUUGCAGGGCGCAGGAGUUUGUGCCGAGGGGCACGUGGAGCAACUCAGAAUCAAUUCCAUCAGAACAUUCAAAACGUGUUUAUCAGGGAGUCCGUGUCAAGCACACAGUUAAAGAUCUGCUGGCAGAGAAACGGUCACGACAGAGUAAUGUGCCCUUCAAAUAUAAUACAGGAACUAAUUCCUCUCAAUCACCAGCUUAUGUCCAAAUGCCUGGUUCCCAUGUUAUACCCAGCUACUAUGGUGUAAGAAGACCUUAUCUCUCUGAUUCGGACCUGCCUCAUUGCCCUUCAUCCAAACAUUACUCAGCGGAUGUGUACUCACCUUCACUGAGCAGCAAGUCCUUUGGGUGUGAGCCACCAGCCAUCACUGGGUAUCAACAUCUGCUUGAUCCAUACAUCACAGAAACAUUUGGAGAUUACCGCACACCGACCUUUCCAACUGCAACAAGUUCCAUUUUUGCACCUCAGCCUCUUGCACCUCUCAUUCCUCCUUUUCCCAAUGAGUCACCCCAUUUCCUACUGAGAGAUUCCUGGGACAGCAUGCAAGAAAAUGUUAGUCAUGGCACUGCAAUUUGCGACACGCUCCAGCAGAUGCAAGCAACAGCCGCUAACUGUCAAUCACAGCACCAUGGCAACCACUCCAUGCCCGACACAGAGUCUGCCUCUUCAUCUCAGUACAAGAAUGUCGCUCGGAACAACGGUGAGCCAAGCCAGAGCUCUCAGCCCUACUCUCUUCACCCGAUGGAGGAGAUGCACUUCAGUUCUGGUUACCCAGUCACCUCAGCCUAUGGGUGUGCCCCAUUCAUGACUGUAUCCUCUGAACUAGCCGCCAAGACCAUUCACCUCUCAUCUGAGGAAUCAGCCGACACCACGUCCACCUCCCUGAUUGACAUGUCCUCUUGGGCAAAAGAAGAUGGCGGCACCAGCUGGCCUUUGUAUGAAGUUAGGCGGACCUACUAA